AUGAUCCUGGCAGAGGCAAACUGGUCUGAACUCCCUAAGAAACUUCUCAAUCUGAUAUUGGAAAGAAUUGACGACGACCAUGACGUCAUUAGCUUUCUAUCGGUUUGUUCGACGUGGCGGAGUUCUCCCAUCUCAAAUCACCACCACCAUCCUAGAGUUCCCUUCCAGUUACCACCACAUAUUAAUGCUGAAUCAAUAUCCUUUGAGUGUGACGUCUACCAAAACAGUCUCCUCCUCAUCAAACCCCCACAACAACAAGAACAACAACAAAACCUCCACCCUUGGUUGAUUAGAACUCAAAAAAACUUUCAUGGCCAAACCCAACUCUUCCAUCCACUCUGCCCAAGUAACUCAUCUUCCUCUUAUUGUUUCCCUAACGUGCUUGACUUCAAGAAAUUCUCUUCCGACCAUUUGGGAACCGACUUCUUCCUUGACAUCAAGAAAAGUUAUUUUAACCCAAGCGCAAACCCACUCGUUUACUCUUAUGAAAACCCACUAGCUGAAUUUCUACCUUUCGGACGGUUUAAAAAGGUAGUUGCUGUCACAUGCCAAGGGGAACCUCUUGCUCUCGGCACAUUGAACCAUGAUGGCCAUCCAAUACUGUUUCGUUGUCACGAAGAGCGUUGGACGCCGAUGCCCCAUAUGUCAAUGUGUUUUCAAGACAUCUGUGUAUUUAAAAAGAGAUUUUGUGUGGUCAAUAAAGGUGGUCGGACAUUUGCGAUUGGACCAGACUAUAGUGUCCAGUUAGUGGCUGAAUAUUUGGUGUAUGGAGGAGGGGAUGUGAAAUUCCUGGUAGAGAGUGAGGGUGAAUUAUUGCUAGUGGACAUUUAUCACUCUCAUUGUGUUGGGUUCCCUGGUGAAGAUGGUUUCAAUCUUGAUGUGUUUAGGCUUGCUAAGAAAGAGAAGAAAUGGGUCAAGUUGACGAGUUUAGGGGAUAGAGUUUUGUUCUUGGGGAAUGGAUGUUCGUUUUUUGCUUCUGCUUCAAAUUUGUCUGUUGUCAAAGGAAAUUGUAUUAUCUUUGUUGGUGAUGCAUUCCUCCCUUUUAACAAAAUGCUAUGUGGGAUGUGUAUUUUUCACUUGGAUCAAGGUCGUGUUUCCCCUUUGUCCGAUUAUCCUGAAUACUACAACUUGUUAGGGCCACCUCCGGAAUGGAUCGUCAAAUCACAUAAACCUGUAAUCUUUGUGAGUAUCAGUAACACCUCAAAUUCUUUUAAAAUUUUAGGAUUUAGAAUUGAGUAUAAAGAGAAAAUCGAUUGA